UAGCGGUGCAAAUUGCAACCACGUCUCAGUUCAAAACAAGCAAUCAAAGUGGAACAACAACUGAGAAUAGAAGAAGAGGCUUACUAACAAUAUAAAAGUAUUAUAAAAUAUAUAUUAUUUAAUAAAGUGAAAGAAGUGAAAUACCAAACAUAAGUGGAGUAUCUACAAGAACAAAUUGCGAAUGAGAGAAGAAAUCCGUUAAAUAUUCGAAAUGCCAGCAAUUGGCAUUGAUUUGGGGACAACGUAUUCGUGUGUCGGAGUAUUCCAGCAUGGCAAGGUGGACAUCAUAGCGAAUGAUCAGGGGAACAGGACGACUCCCAGUUACGUGGCAUUCACGGAUGCGGAGAGAUUGGUGGGAGAGGCGGCCAAGAACCAGGUGGCCAUGAACCCGAGGAACAGUGUGUUCGAUGCGAAGCGGUUGAUUGGACGCAAGUUUGACGAUGAGAAGAUUCAGGACGACAUGAAGAACUGGCCAUUCAAGGUGGUCAACGACUGGGGCAAGCCGAAGAUCAGUGUGCAGUUCAAGGGGGAGGAGAAGCGGUUCUCCCCCGAGGAGAUCAGCUCCAUGGUGCUCGCCAAGAUGAAGGAGACUGCCGAGGCGUAUCUGGGCGUGGCCAUCAGAGAUGCCGUCAUCACAGUGCCGGCAUACUUCAAUGACUCGCAGCGUCAGGCGACCAAGGAUGCGGGUGCCAUUGCUGGACUCAACGUGCUCCGCAUCAUAAACGAGCCGACGGCUGCAGCCCUGGCCUAUGGAAUGGACAAGCAUCUGCAGGGAGAGCGCAAUGUGCUGAUCUUCGAUCUGGGAGGCGGCACCUUCGAUGUCUCCGUGCUGACCAUUGACGAGGGCUCCAUGUUCGAGGUGAGGUCCACGGCUGGAGACACGCAUCUGGGAGGCGAGGACUUUGACAACAGACUCGUCAACCACCUGGCAGAGGAGUUCCUCAGGAAGUACAAGAAGGAUCUUCGCUCCAAUCCCCGAGCACUGCGUCGCCUGAGGACAUCCGCCGAGCGGGCAAAGCGGAGUCUGUCCUCGAGCACGGAGGCUUGCAUUGAGGUUGACGCGCUGUUCGAUGGCCACGACUUCUACACGAGGAUCAGUCGGGCGAGGUUCGAGGAGCUGUGCGGGGAUCUGUUCAGGAACACGCUGCAGCCCGUGGAGAAGGCUCUCAAUGAUGCCAAGAUGGACAAGCAACAGAUCCAGGACAUUGUCCUGGUUGGUGGCUCUACUCGAAUUCCCAAGGUACAGAAUCUCCUGCAGAACUUCUUCAGCGGAAAGAGCCUCAACCUGUCCAUCAAUCCCGACGAGGCGGUGGCCUAUGGAGCCGCCAUCCAGGCUGCCAUUCUAUCUGGAGACCAGAGCAGCCAGAUUAAGGACGUGCUCCUGGUUGAUGUCACUCCUCUGUCCCUGGGCAUAGAGACAGCUGGUGGAGUGAUGACCAAGUUGAUCGAGAGGAACACCACGAUUCCCUGCAAGCUGUCCAAUCAGUUCUCCACGUACGUGGACAACCAGCCGGCGGUGACUGUCCAGGUGUUCGAGGGAGAACGCGCGAUGACCAAGGACAACAAUGUGCUGGGCACCUUCAACCUGACCGGGAUUCCGCCCGCCUCUCGGGGUGUGCCCAAGGUGGAGGUCACCUUCGACCUGGAUGCCAAUGGCAUCUUGAAUGUCUCCGCCCGGGAGAUGGGCACUGGCAAUGCCAAGAACAUCACCAUCAAGAACGACAAGGGACGCCUCUCCCAAUCCGACAUCGACCGCAUGCUGAGCGAGGCCGAGAUGUAUGCCGAGGACGACGAGAAGCAUCGAAAGAGGAUCGGGGCUCGCAACCAGCUGGAGAGCUACGCCUUCGGGGUGAAGGAGGCAGCCGAGCAUGGCGGGGAGCGGAUCUCGCAGGCGGACAAGAGCAGUGUCCUGGCCAAGUGCAGAGAGACCAUCCAGUGGCUGGAUGCCAAUACCACAGGCGACAAGGAUGAGUUCGAGUACAAGCUGCAGGAGCUGACCACCUUCUGUCUGCCCAUCAUGACGAGGAUGCAUCAGAAGGGACCUGGAGCAGGAGCAGGAGGAGCUCAGGGGCAAGCUCAGGGGGCGUAUUGUGGUCAGCAGGCGGGAGGCUUUGGUGGUCACAGUGGAGGACCCACUUUCGAGGAGGUGGAUUAAACUCAAAUAACCAAAGAUUAAAUAAUAUUC